AUGACCCCACGGAUUGGGAGGGAAGGCUUGUUCCUUCACGGGGUCUGCUCGCCCUCCUUUCCUGUCGCCCCUGCCACGGGUCUGGAGCUCUACCUGGACCUGCUGUCCCAGCCCUGCCGCGCCGUCUACAUCUUCGCCAAGAAGAAUGGUGUCCCCUUCGAGCUACGCCCUGUGGAGCUGAUCAAAGACCAGCACUACAGCAGUGCCUUUGCCAAAGGGAACGCCCUGAGGAUAGUGCUGGCCUUGAAGGAUGGGGACUUCACUUUGGCGACUUCACUUGCCAUCUUGCUAUAUCUGAGCCACAAAUACAAAGCCCCUGACAACUGGUACCCCCAGGAACUGCAGGCCUGCACCCGUGUGGAUGAGUACCUGUCGUGGCAGCACACAACUCUGGAGGACUGCUCCCAGGCCGUGUGGCAGAAGCUGAUAUUCCCUGUGUUCCUGGGUGAGUUGGUGCCCCCUGAGAUGUUAGCAGUCACUUUGGCUGAGCUGGACAGCUGCCUGUAGCUGCUUGAGGACAAGUUCCUGUGGGAUCAAGCCUUCCUUACUGGGUCCCAUAUCUCCAUAGCUGACUUGGUGGCCAUCACAGAGCUGAUGCAUCCUGUCAGCACUGGCUGCCAAGUCUUUGAAAGCCAACCCAAGCUGGCCAUGUGGCACCAGCGUGUGGUGGCUGCGGUGGGGAAAGACCUCUUCCAGGAGGCCCAUGAAGCUAUCCUGAAGACCAAGGGCUUGCCUCCAGCAGUUCCUGCCACAAAGGAGAGGCUGGGACCCUUAAUGAAGGAACCAGGAGAUCACAACGUUGAAAUCCGGAGGAAAGAAAAAUCUCUGUCCAUGGGAUGGGAGCUGGAGACGGGCCAGGCCGCGGUGGGCGGGGCCGAGCGAAAGGACUUCCGGAAAGCUGAGCCAGAGCACGUGACUAUUGUCGGCAGAAGCGGGGUGUAG